AUGUCACAAAAAACAUUCGAAAAUCAACCAAAACUUGGCCGUCUUCCAAUUCCUCCUCUGGAAGAAACGCUUGCCCGCUAUUUACGCUCCAUUGAACCCCUCUGUGCGCCUUCCGACCUAUCUCGUACUACUUCUUACAUUACUGACUUUCUAAAACCAAAUGGACUUGGUCGUACACUCCAGCAGCGCCUGAUAGAUCUUGAUAGAUCAUCCCCACACAACUGGCUUGACGAUUCGAUCUGGAUAAAAAAAGCAUAUCACGAAUGGAGAGAAAGUGUGGUUGUAAAUAGUAACUGGUACCUGAUGUUUGCCGAUGAUCCUAGUACGCCAAAAGAAUGCUUAGGGAUCAUUGAGAAGGGAACUUUUGGAGAAUGGCAAGUCAAGAGGGCUGCACAUCUGAUCGUGCAGAUUUUAGAUUAUAAAGAAUCGAUUGAUAGCGAACGUCUUCCGCCUGACGUAACUCGUCUUUAUCCACUUUGCAUGCAUCAAUAUACACGAUGCUUUGGUGUUACCCGCAUUCCACAGCAUAAUUGCGAUGCACUUGCUUAUACUCCACACCCGGCGACUGCAAAGCAUAUCUUAAUAAUAGCCAGGGAUCAGUUUUAUGUUAUUGAUGUUUAUGAUGAAAAAGGACGUCGAUUGGCUGCGGGUGAUAUUGCAUUUCAAUUACAGCAGAUUAUUGAAGACGUUAAGAAAACAGAAUUGGAUCCCCCCGUCAGUGUAUUGACUGGUGACCAUAGGGAUGCCUGGACUGUGGCUCGAGAACACUUGUUGAGUAUACCUCAAAACCGUGCCACCCUUAUUGACAUCGAAAAUGCACUCUUUGCAUUUAGCCUUGAUGACUAUACAUCUGGCCUGAAUCUUGAUGAUUGGAACAGGAAUGCGUUUCAUGGUCUAAAUGGGCAUAAUAGAUGGUUUGAUAAGGCACUAUCGUUCAGCAUUGAAAAUAACGGACGAGCUUCGCUCAAUGGAGAGCAUUCACCAUGUGAUGCUUUAAUUCCUUCUAUCGUUGUAGAUAACAUUUUGAAAACACCAGUGCCUUCUAGUCUACAAAAGUCAGGUUUUGAAAUUCCUCUACCGAGAAGAACACGAUUUGUCACUGACGAUCGGAUAUUGAAAGACAUUGCAGCAGCGCAGGAAAGAGUGGAUAAAAUUAUUGCAGAUUCUGACGCCAUAUUAUUGCAUUUCAAAGAAUAUGGAGCACAUUUUAUGAAGAGCAUUGGCAAGGUGGCCCCUGAUGCCUACAUGCAAAUGGUCCUCCAGUUGGCAUAUUACAAACUCCAUGGCAAAGUGGUUCCUACGUACGAGACAGGUUCAACCAGGCAAUUUCUACACGGACGAACCGAAACUAUAAGAACUCUAAGCAACGAGAGUAAAGCUUGGGUCGAAGCAAUGGAGAAUAGUUCGCUGAGCUCAAAGGAGAAAUAUGCCAUAUUUCAAACAGCAACUAAAGCACAUUCGCAAUACACGCGAGACGCAUCAAACGGAAAGGGAUGCGAUAGACAUCUUUUUGGAUUAAGGUGUUGUUUAAAGGAAGGUGAAUCACACCCAUUGUUUACUGAUCCGAUAUUUGCCGGGUCUCAAGUAUGGUUGUUGAGUACUAGUGGAUUGAGUGCUGGAGAUCGAUUUAGCGGUACCGGAUUUGGUUGUGUAUACCCCAAUGGCUAUGGCAUAAACUACCUUCCAGGAAACGCGGUUCUAAAGUUUGGAAUUGAGUCUAAGAAAUCUUCAACAGAAACGGAUUCAAAGGCAUUCCGUGAAUCUGUAGUAAAUGCUCUGCGCGAUAUGAGACGGAUGUGUGAAGAUGUGAAUGGAAAGUACAAUGGUAGAUUAUGA